UCCACAAAAAAAAAAAAUUUCUCAAAAUUUUAAAAUUUAUUGCCGAAAUGACGAAACCUAUACAUAUAAAAAGUUAUAUGUAAAGAAAAGCGGCCAUCGUCUUCCUCCUCCUCCUAACAUGCUCCGUCUCCUCCUUGUCUCCGCCACGACCGCCACCGCCGCAGAAGACGCUUCCGCCAGCAUGCCCCCAUCCUCUAGAUCCGCUGCUAAACAAAGCUCCUCCUCUUCUCUCCAUCUCUGCAAGCAUUCACCGUCGGCGACCCUCGACCUCUUAAUCCUAAUCCUCGUCCUCUUCUCCGGCACAUUCCUCCUCUCCUCUUACUUCUCUUACCUAAUCCACUCUUUAUCUCUCCUCUCCUCUCAUUUCCCUUCAAUCGCUCUCUCUUUCUCCUCUCUCAUCCCUCCUCUCAUCUUCUUCUCCUCCGAUCACGAUCACGAUUCCGACGAUGACGAUCAUCAUCUCUCCGGAAUACCUUCUCCUCCGGUGUCGUUCUUCUUCGCGUUCGCUGUCUUCUUCGCGGCGUCGGUUGCGUUUCUAGACCUAUGCUGCGGAUCAAGAUCGAGGAAAUGUCGUAACCCUAAGUGUAAAGGAUUGAAGAAAGCUAUGGAGUUUGAUUUGCAGUUACAGACAGAGGAAUGUGUUAAAUCGGGUUCGGUUAAGGAGAUUGAUCGGUUGCCGUGGAAAGGAGGUAGUGAGAGCAAUCCUGAUUACGAGUGUUUGAGAGAUGAGCUUAGGAAGAUGGCUCCGCUUAAUGGUAGAGCUGUUUUGAUUUUCCGAUCAAAGUGUGGUUGCUCUAUUGCUAAGCUUGAAGGUUGGGGACCUAAGAGAGGUCGCCGUCAUAAAAAUUGGAAUUUGGUGACUAGUGAAUCUGUAGGUUUAUGCAAUGCCAUUAAUUCUGUUCUUGCAACGUUUUUUGUGCCAUUGAUCAUCAGUUUGAGACCAGCGAGAUGUUUCUCUGCUCCUUGUCUGAACCAAUUCGAUUUCUCCGGCGAGAGUCCCAAUAGUGAACGAGUACUCGUCUCUGCUCUUGGAUCAUGCGCUUCCAGUAAUGACAUAUCUUGUGGCCGACAAAUACAUGGCCGUGUUUUAAAAUCUGGUCUUGAUUCCAAUGGAUAUAUCUGCAAUAGCGUUCUUAACAUGUACGCUAAAUGCCGUGUCUUGGCAGAUGCAGAAUCUGUUUUUCGAAAUCAUGCGAAGCUUGAUUCUGCUUCAUUCAAUAUUAUGGUUGAUGGGUAUGUCAGAUCUCGUCGACUUGGGGACGCGCUUAAGUUGUUCGACGUAAUGCCUGAGAGAAGCUGUGUUUCGUAUACUACUUUGAUAAAGGGUUACGCUCAAAAUGAUCGGUGGAGUGAAGCUAUGGAGCUUUUCAGUGAGAUGAGAAACUUGGGAAUUAUGCUAAAUGAAGUGACUUUGGCCACUGUUAUAUCCGCUUGUUCACAUUUGGGUGGGAUUUGGGAUUGCAGGAUGUUGCAGAGUUUAGCUAUAAAGCUGAAGCUUGUUGAUCGGGUCUUUGUUUCGACGAAUUUGCUGCAUAUGUAUUGUGUCUGCGCAUGGUUGAAGGAUGCUCGGCAGUUGUUUGAUGAAAUGCCUGACAGAAAUUUAGUAACCUGGAACGUGAUGUUAAAUGGGUACUCAAAAGCUGGACUUAUCGAACAGGCUAAGGAAUUGUUUGCUCAGAUUACUGAGAAAGAUAUUGUCUCGUGGGGAACCAUGAUUGAUGGGAGUCUCCAAAAGAAUCAGCUUGAUGAAGCUUUGGUUUUCUACACCGAGAUGUUGCGCUGUGGAAUGAAGCCUAGUGAAGUUAUGAUGGUGGACCUUCUCUCGGCUUCAGCUCGAGCAUCGGGCAGUUCAAAUGGCUUGCAACUUCAUGGUACCAUCGUGAAAAUGGGUUUAGAUUGUUAUGAUUUCAUACAAGCAACGAUCAUACAUUUCUACUCCGUCUCUACUGACAUGAGACUCGCUCUUCAGCAAUUUGAAGUAAGCAUUAAGGACCACAUUGCGUCAAGAAACGCGCUGAUUGCAGGAUUUGUGAAGAAUGGAAUGGUUGAACAGGCAAGAGAAGUAUUUAAUCAGACUCGUGAUAAAGAUAUCUUUUCAUGGAAUGCUAUGAUAUCGGGUUACGCACAGAGUCUUUCGCCUCAGUUAGCUCUUCAUCUCUUUAGCGAAAUGAUCAAUAGUAGCCAAGUGAAACCAGAUGCAAUCACAAUGGUGAGUGUUUUCUCUGCAAUUUCAACUCUAGGAUCACUGGAAGAAGGGAUAAGAGCACACGAGUAUCUAACCCGUAGCUCAAUUCCUCCCAACAACAAUCUAACUGCCGCUAUAAUCGACAUGUAUGUCAAAUGCGGUAGCAUCGAAACCGCUCUAAACGUUUUUCGUCAGACAAAGAGCAUCUGCUCGUCAACUAUCUCUCCUUGGAACGCAAUUAUUUGCGGGUCUGCGACACAUGGCCAUGCAAAACUAGCUCUUGAUCUUUACUCUGACCUCCAAUCUCUCCCAAUUAAACCGAACAGCAUCACAUUUGUAGGUGUCUUGAGCGCAUGCUGCCAUGCAGGCCUAGUGGAGUUAGGUAAAACGUAUUUCGAAAGCAUGAAAAGAGAUCACGGGAUCAAGCCAGACAUUAAGCAUUACGGAUGUAUGGUUGAUUUAUUGGGGAAAGCUGGGAAAUUAGAGGAAGCAAAAGAAAUGAUCAAGAAGAUGCCAGUAAAGGCGGAUGUAAUGAUAUGGGGGAUGCUAUUAUCGGCUUCACGGACUCAUGGGAACGUCGAGAUCGCCGAGCUUGCGGCAAACGAGCUAGCGGCAAUGGAUCCAUCUCACGGAGGAUGCAAAGUGAUGCUUUCGAACGUUUAUGCAGACGCAGGGAGAUGGGAAGAUGUAGCUUCGGUCAGAGAAGAGAUGCGGACGAAAGAUGUUGAGUGGUCACGUGCCUUCAGUGGUGUUGUUUGAAUUGUGUCUCGAGUCUCUUUACUGGGCCUUGUUUAUGGGCCUAGUAGAAACGAGUUAGAUACAUAAGCGCCGCGUGGAUUUUCUGUUUUAUAAUAUUGUCCAAACGAAAACGCUUGUAUUUUUUAUUUUGAUAUUCUUCUCAUUUUAACCAAAGAAAAAUGAUUUCUUAACAUUAGAAAAUAAAACUAAUGUAGUAAUUUGAAUCGUUCAGUUA